GAAACAAAAACAAGCAGAGCGAGCUCGGUCACAUGUAGAGCGACCAGCGGCAGCGGCAGAGCACCAACAACAACAAGCCGAAGAAGGAGGAAGCGGCAGGGCUCAGAGCUGUCGGUGUCCAGGAAGCAGUGACUCCCGCUCAGGACCCUCCACCCUUCUCAUCCCUUAAUCCCUCCCCCCUCCCUCCCGGUUCCAGUCGCCGCCGAUCGGUGCGCUCCACAUAUGGUUCUCCUCCGGCACAUCUCCAUCGCCCUGACCGCCGCCGUGGCAGCCCUGGGCUCCGCUCUCUUCAUCGCCCUGAACUACUUCUACAAGAGGCGAAUAUGGUCUCCACAGGCGGAGUACUGCACGAUCAAAGAGGAGGAGGAGGAGCGUGGGAAGCGCCAGGUCCUGGUCCUCGGUCUGGACGGGGCCGGGAAGAGCAGCAUGUUGCAGGGCUUGACCCCCGGGGAACCGGCGGCUAAGAGAGGCCGAUGCCGGCCCACCCGCGGCUUCAACUUCAUGAGCCUCAACGCCCCCGCGUGUCAGCUGGAUUUCCUUGAGAUUGGUGGCGGGGAGGACCUGCGGAGGUACUGGUCUGACUACCUGAGGAAGACUCAUGUUCUGGUGUAUGUGGUGGACUCCUCUGACAGGAACCGCCUCCCGUUGGCGAAGGCUGAACUGCACCGCCUCCUGAGGGUGGAGCCCCAGCUACCGGUGGUCGUUCUCGGAAACAAGCAGGAUAAGCCCAAUGCCGUCAGUGUGUCAGAGCUACAUGAAGCCUUGUCUCUGGGCUCCGUGACCGAGGACAGGAAGCUGUUCCUCUUGGCUGCCCAGCUGGGUUCGGAUGGAGCCCUGAGGAACUCCUGCCGGGGCCUGGACACCUUCCAGGACCUCCUGCUCCAGCUCGUCUAAUCUCAUCUCCCCCCACAGAGCAGAAGAGGAGGAGACGGAGGGACGGAAACAAAGGGAUGGCUUACGGACAUCCUCCUCCUCCUCCUCUUCCUUUUCCUUAUGUAAGCUCGGGGUUAUUUGAGGCAGAGGAGGAGGAGAUGAUGAAGGCUUCUGAGACUGAGGCAGAGGAUUUUUUUUUACUGAAGAAGAGGAGAUUGAGAAGUUAGCAAAGCCUUCCAUUACCUCCUCAUUUUCCUCAUCCUUUUCAAACUUUAUCAGCUGGUUUUAGAAAAAAGUGUCCUCCUCCUCCUCCUCCUCCUCCUCUUUCAGCUCAUUUUUCAUUUUUUCUUCAUAUCGUCUUACUCACCAGGGAAGAGGAGGUGCGGAGUGAGGAGGACGAGGACAGGAGGUGGGACAGAUGAUAAGGGUUUAUUCUCAGAUCUGUGACUCAGAACCACAAAGGUCACCUCCUGCCAAUGACUCAGACUUGAGUGUUAACCUGUUACAGGUUUAUUUAAGCAUGUAGAUUACACUGUGUAUAAAACGUGAACUGGAACAUGUCGAGUUUGUAGAAGCGUACACAGAUUUUGUUUGGGUCGCUGUUUUCUGAAAGCCCUUUCGUGUGAGAUCAGAGAAGUCAGCAGAGCAGAAGAGGCAACGUUUGGAGGUUGCCAGGUUGGAUGCCCUCGGGACUGAAACUGCACCAGCUCUGUGAAUUCAUUGACAGGGUUUAAUAGAUACUCGCAACUUUGACACGGAGGCUUUUCUGAGAUCUAGGAGGAAUUUUUGUGAGGGAAUUUAAAGGGACCCCCUGACAUUUUGAAAGGCAGAGUGUUAUUUUUCUUCUCACAACUCUCGUCGGGUUUCCACACUUUGAUGACUUUCUUCACAACACAGCUUGAGAGCAUUUUAAGAUUCUUUGUUUGAAAUCCAUUCCCUCUUUGGUUAUGUGUUUAGUUGUAAAAACACUACACAAAUUACAGCCAACAACCUACCUACUUUCCCAGUAUCAGCGAAUGUUGAAUGUGUUAAAAUAAAAAUGUUUUCCCAGAUUACAUUUAGCAUUUAGGCCCACAAGGAGGAAACCUUCCUCGAGUCACUUGCCAAAGCUCAUCUUUUUUUUUUACCCACCGAGCAUUGUGUGUUUUACUGCUAACAUAUGGACACGACUAUUGGUUCAGCCAAUAAUAAAUUACAUUUGACAGUAAUCAAACCAAAUCUGAAGCUGAAGAUGAACUUUACAAAAUAUCCCAAAAAAUAAUCAGUGCCAUUCUGCUGCUUUCCUUGUAAUGAGAAAGAGAGGAAAUGGUUGUAGUUUCAAUCUUUAAAAGAAUGAAGAAAGACAAAGUUUGACGCCAGCGGAUGCUAACGUUACUUAGCUAACCUAGCUAAGUUUAGCACCUGCUAGUAAAAGCUGGUACCCCUGAUAUAAGCUAUGGGUUUUACAGUAUGUUUUUUGCUAUGAGCCCUCAUUUUCAUGUCUCGGUUGUCUGUCCUUUUCUGUGCUUCCCAAAAGUAGUGAAAGUAGCUAGAUAUACUCAUUUAUUUUCACCUAGCUUUAGCUAGCUAAGACCAGCUUUAUUUGCCUUAGCUGGGCAGCACAGUAAAGGACUGACAAACAAAACAUGAAGAUUGUUUCUGGAUCCAACUUCUCCGAGGCUCCUGUUUUCAAGAUGUCGCUUGUUAUGAGUCCUCAUCUUUGUGUUUUGGUUGUUGGUCCUUUUCUUUGUUGCCCAGCUAGGGCGAAUAAAGGUGGCCUUAGCUAGCUAUCUUUGCCCUGCUAAUGUGAAAAUAGAUGACCAUAGCUAGCUGUUUUCGCUGCUAGGACUGACAACUGAAACACAAAGAUGUGGGUUCAUAGGAAGAAACACCCUGUAAAACCCACAGCUUAUAUCAGGGGUACCUGCUUUUACCAGCAGGUCCUAACUGGUGCCAAUGUUAGCUAGGUGAGCUGGCUAACAUUAGCAACCGCUGGCACCAAAUUUUCUAUUUGUUUAAAAAUGGAAACUUAUCAACUGCAACCAUUUCCUCCUCUCUUUCUCAUCACAAGGAAAGUGGUAGAAUAACACUGAGUAAUUUUUUGGACUCAGAUCUGUUCAGAUAAUAUGGAACACAGCUGCUGCGACAUCUUGAAAACAACAGAACCUCGGCGAAGUUGGACCCAGAGACAGUAUUUUCAUCGGUUGUGACGUCAGACUCAACAAGCAGAUUGGUUCCUAUUUAAGAUUUAGAAGCAGCGCACAAAUAUAUAAAGCUAGAUGAUGAUACUGAUUUGACACUAGCUUAAAGCAAACAUUAUUCAAACAGUAGGGAAUAGUGCAUUUAUUGGGACUAUUUUCAGCAGUAGAUUAAUCCACAUUAGUGUUCCAGUGAGUAUUUGGGGCAACAGGAGUGUGUGUGUGGGACUGGGUCAAAAUAAACUAUGGUGUCAAUUAAUCAGAUUAGUUUUGGUCUUUUUGUGGGGCAUGUUAACAAUGGGAAAAAUUUUGAUUAUCAGCUUUAUCCUUUUUGUUCAUUGUUGAGGCAGAAGAAAAACAACAAGGAUGUCAGAGUAUUUAGUGAAAACAGCAUCUAACAUCGGUCCAAUUUAUCACCCCAUCUCUCUGAGCAUAAUUAGGAUUUCAGAUCCUUUAAAGCCCACACACACUCCCAGUCCUGUUUGCUCCACAGUUAGAUCACUGUGUAAAUUACACUUAGACGAGGAUUAAUAUCGAGUAAAACACGCACUCUUGAAUGUAGAAGUGCUGCUGUGACUACUGAGUAUUUGACUUUAAAGCUACUUGUACAGAUAAACUGGAAUUAGCUAGAUGCUGUUUUUUUUAUGCUGUAUGUGUGCAGCAAUGUCUGCUCAUGACGCACAAUUUGUAAUGAAUGUGAAGUUUUAUUCCUUUUGAUGUUGUGUAGCUCUGCAGAAAUGUUUUCGCAGUAAGCAAGAUUUUAGUGGAUUGCUGUAUGUACACUGUUUUUAUUGCCAAUGACUUGCUUUCUUGUUUUCUUGUGGUUGUGUAAAGGGACCUGUUAGAUAUGAAUCCAUGCAUGUCUUCAUGUUUUUGUUGUUCUCUUUUAAGACUUGAGCUGCAGUUUCUUAAACAGCAAGCAUCAAUCGGA